AAAAUCUUUUAUCUGUUGAGCUGAAAUAGUGCAAUAUUGCCAAGUGCCGAGUCUGCCGACUGGGUGGGGAACCCAGUGUAGCUCAGCUCAAAAGAGUACACCGUUACUGAUAUUUACCUAUAUUGUCCAUCUUUCAAUUUUGAGGUUAUACUACGUAAACACAAGUUUUACUUAACGAAUAGUGGUGCAUUAUUGAAGUCAAAAGCUCAACGCGGAAUGAUGUCUUCAGAUUCCGUCCCUUCUGGUCCCUGCCACUGGUCCCUGCAGACUGGGAACAAGAAUAUUUUUAGUAUUAAUUUUCCCGCUAUUUUUUAUUUUCAAAACGACAACAUGAGCGAAGAUAAUAUAACUUUUACACUAUUUUAAGGAGAUGCUGUCGUUCAUUUUUCCAUUCAUACUAGAGACAUGGGACAUACAUAGUAUAUACUUAUGCAAACACCUUUAAGAGGGUUUUAAUGGCGACAACUCCAAUCACAAUACCACCAGAAUGGAGGCAUCAAGAACGUGACCUUGAAGAAGUCAUUCCUAAAGCUAUUACAUUAUUCCAUGAAACUUCAGAACACCAAGAAAAAAUUGAUGUUUUUUCAUUUCUGUGUCAUGGAUUGCUACCAAAGUUGUCUUUAACAACAUUAGAAGAAACUCUCUUACGUCAUGUGUUUUCAGAUUUGUUUUGUUGCAUUGAGAAGAUUUUUCUUGAAAUAGAGGAUAUUAUUCAACUUAAAGAUGAACAGAACACUAUAGCAAAUAGAUCACAACUUUUACAUGAUCUUCUUUGGGUGGUGAUAACUGUAUUAGAAUGCAUCGAAGCAUGUGUGCAACAUAUUUCCAAGACAUUUCAAUGUAUCAGAAUUCAUGAAAUCGACUCUCUCCCUGUACCAGUUCUGAUGAUCAUCAAGUCAACAUUCAUGCACUGUCAGAAAAGCGAGGCCUCUUAUGGAAAGUUGUUUAGUCAUUUUUCUGAGGAUCUGUCACAACUUUUCAGAAAGUCCUUUGAGUUGCAAAAGCUUCUUCUCGAUCUGAUAUGUGUUAAAAUAGAAGCACUGAAUACCAGCAGCUCAGAAAAAGAUCUUCAGAACAUUAUUUCAGUAUGUGACAAUCUUCUGGAUAUUUGUGAGAUCACUGAACGAUUUGACGGAAACAUGACGCUUGGUAUGUGGAAAUCAUUAAUGAGGUUAGUUAUGAAAAACAAAGAAGUGAUCAAAAACCAUCUUCAGAGCGAUAGAUUUGUGUCUCAGAUGUGUGCUACAAUUAAAGUAAGACUGCAAAGUUUUGAAAAUCUUACGGACAGUAAAGAUAAUGCAGAAGCAGACUUGACAAAUGAAUCAUCGUCUUUGAAGUUUUUGAAGAUUUUGAAGUUUUUGUUCAAGCUGUUAAUAAAUUUUGUCCAGAGUUUUCAAGAUUUUCUUCUGGCAACCGCAUUCAAGGAUAUCAUUGAGCUGAUAUUUUUAGUAAUAAAGCAGUCGUCAAGGACUCUAUCUUCGGAAGAUACCAGAACCUCUCUCAUGAUCGUGAUUGAGUCGUUUCUUAAGGUCGUGGUGUUAAACAAGAAAUUCGCAGAUUUAUUAACCAAGGUUCACCAAGAAAUUGUUUCAAAGGACAACUUUCCACGCUGUUACACUUUAGCAAACGUCGCAGUUUUACUGCCCCUUGUUCCAGAGGAGGUGUCUUCGUAUUGGAUAAAACCAACAAAUUACACUGAGGAAGAACCACGUAUUUCUAUCUUUGAAGCCUUGUUAAACAGUUGCGAUGCAUGUUUCGUUGAAAUGUCUCUUCCAGUUCUGCUUCCAGGGAUGAUGUGUAACGGUAAAGCUCAAAGAAUGGUGAGCUUGUACGAAUACGUUGUAUCACGUUUGUCAGCCUCGAUCUCAGCAAUCUCAUCUCAACAUUUCCAUAUUAUCGAAAAUAUUCUUUUAAGAAGUGUUCUUCAUCAUAGUACAAUCAGAUCCUCCAUUGCCACAGAUGUGUGGUGUUUUAUAUCGAGAUGGAUGACUGCCGAUCUAUGUUAUAAUCAUGUGAAACUUUUUCUUCAUUGGCUAAGUUCUGUUUCAUGGACAUGUAAUAAACAGAAGAACAAAAUGUGUACUUUGGUACGCAGACUCUUGCCUCUAGUGGCACAGGAGCACCAGGAGUUGCUUGUUUAUGAAUACCCCCCUGACUGUUUUGACAACUUAGAAAUCUGGUCUGUUGUUCCUGUUCACAAAAUGAUCGAGUCUGUACGAACCCAGGUGACCCAAGCAACAGUGCACGUCUCAAUUUCCUUUUUCCAAGAAUGGUUAAAGAAGAAAAAUUCGCAACCUGAACUGGAAAAGACACUGAAUUGUCUACAAAACGUAUUAACUCACCCGAUUGUCUUUGAUUGCUUCUCAGAAGAUCUGAAAUCUGACUUGAUUAUUAUCAUAAUUUGUCUAUUUGAUGCUUUUAUAAAUACACCCAAACAGAUCUCAGAUUUUUGUUGGACGAGCUUCGUUGAUAUUUUUAUUUCAGUCGUGCCUCUCAUAAGUGGACAAGAUUUUACCAAGGUCCUACACAACCUUGCGAAAGCUGUUAACCUUCAUAAAGAUGACUAUUUGAACGUAUAUUUUGCACGUCUGAUGGCUGAAUGUGGGAAACUUACCUUCGCAAUUGGGCAGAAUGAGUCAACUUCAAUUGCAAAGAUUUUCCGUGCACUGAUCUCUUCAAAUUUGUGGUUAGUGCACAAUGAAGCUUUCACAGCGUUAAAACGAUUUGCCGAGGUUACUCCUUACACGCCUGUCUUGGAAGAAUGUGUUCCAGAUGAAAUGAAAGAAGAUUUUCAAAAGUUUAUCUGUAGCAUUCCGUAUAGCAGAUGUGAGGCCGACGAUCUCGAUGCGAUGAUAGUUCAAAAACUUAAAGAGCAAACCACGCCUUUAGGACCAGUGGCCAAGAUCGGAGAUACCGAACAGAAUAUAAAAGUUGUGGCAAAUUGUUCAAGUCCAGAAAUAUGGCCGUCAAACUCUGAUAAUAAAGAGUUGGAAAAACGAAAACGCGAAGUUACAGAUGAUGAAAGUGAUGCUAAACGAACCAAGGUUGAAAGUCUUCAAACUUCAAAAGAGGACGAAGAAACAUUAACAUCGACGUUGGAAGAAUUAUCGAAACAUUUAAUAACCCUUCAAGAAAUACACUCACGAAAUCUUCAUUUGCCGCCCGAAGUUUGCGAGAAGUUGAAGUCAAUGAAGGCUUUGUUGGAAACAAUGGUAAAAUCUAUUUAAUACUCCUUUUAAAUUAUACUAUACAAUAUUUUAUCUGUAAGUAUAAAAGUAGUCUUUAUAUUAGAUACUUCCUGAGGAUCAAGGUUGCUAUAACAAUUAAAGACAAAAGAUGUGACCACCGGCCUGAUAUAUAUAUAUGGAUAAAUUAAUUAUUUUUUUGCCUUCGGGUUACUUUACCAAUCAAUAUAGUCAUAUAAGUAGGCAUAAUCAGCACAGGUUCUUAGACCGCUGUUCUGCCAAUUGCACAAUCGAACUAAUUGGGAUUGGGAACCGGAGUUUAAGUCUCUGGUCUAAUUAUA